GUGGUCUACUUCUCGGCCACCUAUCCCUACAUCAUGCUGAUCAUCCUGUUCUUCCGUGGAGUGACGCUGCCGGGGGCCAGGGAGGGCAUCCUGUUCUACAUCACGCCCAACUUCCGCAAGCUGUCGGACUCCGAGGUGUGGCUGGAUGCGGCUACCCAGAUCUUCUUCUCCUACGGGCUGGGCCUGGGAUCCCUGAUCGCUCUCGGGAGCUACAACUCUUUCCACAACAACGUCUACAGGGACUCCAUCAUCGUCUGCUGCAUCAAUUCCUGCACCAGCAUGUUCGCAGGAUUCGUCAUCUUCUCCAUUGUGGGCUUCAUGGCUCAUGUCACCAAGAGGUCCAUUGCUGAUGUGGCAGCCUCAGGCCCCGGGCUGGCCUUCCUGGCGUACCCAGAGGCGGUGACCCAGCUGCCCAUCUCUCCCCUCUGGGCCGUCCUCUUCUUCUCGAUGCUGCUGAUGUUGGGCAUUGACAGCCAGUUCUGCACUGUGGAGGGCUUCAUCACGGCCCUGGUGGAUGAGUACCCCAGACUCCUCCGCAACCGCAGGGAGCUCUUCAUAGCCGCCGUCUGCAUCGUCUCCUACCUGAUCGGCCUCUCUAACAUCACCCAGGGGGGCAUUUAUGUCUUCAAACUUUUCGAUUACUAUUCUGCCAGUGGCAUGAGCCUGCUGUUUCUCGUGUUCUUCGAAUGUGUCUCCAUUUCCUGGUUUUAUGGUGUCAACCGAUUCUAUGACAAUAUCCAGGAGAUGGUUGGCUCCAGGCCCUGCAUCUGGUGGAAACUCUGCUGGUCCUUCUUCACCCCAAUCAUCGUGGCGGGCGUAUUCAUUUUCAGUGCUGUGCAGAUGACUCCUCUCACCAUGGGAAGCUAUGUGUUCCCCAAGUGGGGCCAGGGUGUGGGCUGGCUCAUGGCCCUGUCUUCCAUGGUCCUCAUCCCCGGGUACAUGGCCUACAUGUUCCUCACCUUAAAGGGCUCCCUGAAGCAGCGCAUCCAGGUCAUGAUCCAGCCCAGCGAAGACAUUGUCCGCCCAGAGAAUGGCCCAGAGCAGCCCCAGGCCGGCAGCUCGGCCAGCAAGGAGGCCUACAUCUAGGGGUGCGGGCCGCUCGCCGACCCAACGCUCUCACCCCGGCCUGGCUGAACACGACCACCACUUGACGUCUGCAGAUACCUUCUGUCUCAACCUACCUCGAGUGGCGAGUCCAGACACCAUCACCAUGCAGAGAGGGGAGGGGGGGACAGUCCAACCCUGGGUGGGCCCUGACGAGGGCGAAGCUACCCAGCGGCUUCCGGCACCUGGCGGGCUGAUGACCUUUUUAAUCCAGGCCCCAGAAGCAUUAAGCGGCCGGUGUUUGUCACUGCCGUGGUAGAUCAUUUUUACCCUGCCAGCGAGUGUGGCAUGGCGAGGCCACACACACUCCUGGCUUUUAGUCGUGUACCUGACUGUUCUCUUACUGCUGAAACCCAUGACUGUUAUCACAGACUUUGCAGGAGUUCGGUUCCAUCAGAUCGCUGUUCUGUGCUUGUGAACAGGGCAUUGGUAUAAUGUGGACUUCCAGGGAGAGCUCGCUCUUGAGUAGCAGGGAGCCAGUGGAGCUCUGACUUUCAUUUCCGGUUUUCUCCUUCCCGAGGCAGCUUGACAAAACAACCCCCAAAGACCUCAGUCAGUGUCCUGGAGCUGCUCCUCCAGCAGGCUGCGCCGUGUCCUCUUGCACUGCAGCUCCAUGCUCCUGCCCCAUCCUCGCCAGGCUGUUCUGAUCCGACCUGGCCCAGCAGCCUUCAGUGCAGAAGGCCCUGCUUGCUGGAAAACUGCCACAAGCACAACUGAUUGCCCUUUUAUCACCACUCUGGGGGGCUCAGGGCCCCCUCGGGACAUUCCCUAAUCAGGAGUUCCAAUUUCUCUUGAGCUGCCCAGUUUCACAGAGUACAAAAUAGUUGUAGAGGAAAUCGAGGUGAAGGAAGGGUCCAUCUGAGAGUCAGGAUGGACCCAGUUACCUUUUGGUUUCCCUCUUAAACUGUCACCCUCACUGCCACCUGAUUCCUGGCUGCCACCUCCUCACCUUCCCUGAAAUUCCUCAGCAGGAGUCUCCUCACUGCCACUGAAAUCUGCCCAGCCCACUAACUGAGGAGCUAGUGUUAAUCCCCCCUGCACCCCCAGCAAUGUGCUUCCAAGAUUAAAACUGCUUCAUUGGGAAGAGUUAUUUGUUCCUUUCUGGAAUGGGCUCCGUGGUGUUGAUGGCAAAUUGAGUGCAGACAGUUUCUUGCAAGCUCCGGUAACUCAGCGUUUCUCAUUUGCCAGGAAGAUGGGUUCCCAUGUAGCAAAUCGUACGUUGUUCCCUGUAGCUCCUUAGCUAGUUAGCUCACAAACUGUGUUUUAUGACUAAUCCUUAAUAACUAUGGUAAAUAACUGUGACUGUGGGUUUUUUAAUCUCAUCAUUCUCAUCCGAAAGUGACCAGCAUACCAGUUCUUGCAAUAAGAUAUUACCCUCAGAAUAUUAAGCACAUUAUUGUAGAGAAAAAAUAUAUAUGUACACGUAUAAAUGCACACACAUGCACAUUCGUCCUCAUGUGGCAUAUAGGGUCUUAUCUGAUAUUGUGUAAGAAAUCGCAAACCUUUUCCUGAGGUCAUCUGUAAAAUAGUGUCAUUGCUAAGGCAUCCCAAAUGCCAAGUGGUGAAUCCAUGAUCAAAAUGCAUACGUAUUGUUAAGUGAUAGGGUUUAGAAUGAGAGGAACCCUUCACUGUGGCUCACGGUUCCAUCCCCUCAUCUGUGUGUGAAUUCCUUUAGAAUAAGGGCAGGAAGACUUCCAACUUUCUCUUCGUUCUACAAUGUGAAACUGAGACCAACUCUCUCUAAGACAAAUGCAGUGUACUUAAUGUCUGUAAGCAAUUCUAAGUGAGAUGUUUGGCAAGAAAUCCCCUAACUGAUUUCCAUCCAAACCUACCUUAUAGAGCACAAUAUUAAGUGUCGUACAAUUACUGUGAGAACUGUGAAUAUGUGUAACUUUUUUUAGUAUUUGCCCCGGGGCGGGGGGAAAUAUUGUAUUAUCAUAUAUGCUUUUUUUUGCAAUAAGGAUUUAUUCUCAGAACACCAAGUAAAUCUAUCUCUAUAUAAAAAAAUAUAUGUAAUAUAUACGUAUUCAAAUUAUAUACAGAGCCUGUUUUAAAAAAAAAUUACAGUAUUAUUUAGUAAAAUUAUCUGUUAUAUGGACCAAAUGUAAAAUAUUUAUAAAUGAAGAUGCAUUUUAAAUGUCUAUAAAUGGAGUCAUAACUACAGCACGGGCGUUAUGUACAUUUCUAAGAAUUUAGAGGGAAAAUAAUAAAGGUUCUAUGAUAUACAA